GCCUACCACGCCUUCAAAAUGGUGAAUAGGAAAACUGUGCAUUUUUGAUUCGCAAUAACAAAGCUACCGAAAACUUUGAACGCUAAAAAAUUAGCUAUAACGGAGUUUUCAAUUCCUUUUAGUUAUAUCGGGCACGGAUAGGCAUCAGCAGUCUAAUAGCAUGAAGAACUGCGUAUCGAAGUUAACUUUAGCCAGACAUGCGAGCUGGCCACGGAGAAAAGACGUCUGAUUUACUGGAGAGAGUUUAAAUGAGGGAAUUUUCACGUAAUACUAUUACUAAUAGUUUUAAAUCAGAUGUCUCAUUCCCAGCCGGAAAUAAGAUGUGCAAGUUUUUGCGUCCUGUUGGCCCUGCUGGCAGCAUCUCCAGUCUACUCUGACCCCAUGUUUGUGAACAUCGGCCAUUCCCUCACUCUCCGCUGCCAUGGAGACCCCAGCAGGGAUGUGAUGUGGCGCUUUAAGCAGCAUGAGUAUCCUGACUGGCUGGAUGUGGCUGUACUCGUCACCGGAUCAUUUUCCCCUGGAAAUGGCUUCAAGGGACGGGUGAAAUCCUUCCACUUAAAAGAGCCGGGAAACUACAGCCUCCUCCUCGGUCCUGUGGUGUACAGUGACCUCGGUAUCUACAAAUGCCAGUACAAGAAUAAGACCAUUCUUUCAGAUGUGAAACUAGAAAUUAGAGUCCCAUCAAAUGUUUCCGUAGCGAUGGGAAUGUCCGCCAGUCUUCCUUGUUUUGGGAAAAUUAAUAUACAAGCACGUGUUGUUGAUCUGGAUUUCCUCUGGAAGAGAGGUGGAGAGAACGUUUACCAGCUCCUUCAGAACACCACCACAUAUGGGCCCAGGUUCGAGAACAGAGCUUCAGUUUCCCCAGAACAAGCCCUCUAUGGAAACAUGUCUUUAACCAUCAGACAGGCACGGUUUUCAGAUGAAGGCGACUACCAGUGCUUCUACAACAGUCCGAAAGAGAGGGGGAAUCCAGAUUCUGCCAGUCUGGUUGUGACAGGCCACCCACCCCAGAACCUCACAGUGAAGGCCGGUGGUUUGCUCUCCAUACCGCUCUAUACCGCAGACCCAGUGAGGGUAACAUUCAGUGCCCUUGGUUCAGAUGAAGUGAUGAUGCUCGAUGCAAAUAAAGGCUCAGCUAGGUAUGGGGAGCGUUGUGCUCAGAGAUGUGAGCUUCUGGCCCAGAACCACACCCUUUUGCUGAGGAGUGUGACACGGGAGGAUGCCGGAGUCUACAAGGUGACCGAUCCUGAGACCAACAGGACCAUCGGCUCAGUCUCUCUGGAAGUCUCAGCCCUGCUGGCAGCAUCUCCUGUCUACUCUGACCGCAUGUUUGUGAACAUCGGCCGUUCCCUCACUCUCCCCUGCCAUGGAGCCCCCAGCAGGGAUGUGGAGUGGCGGUUUCAGCAGUAUGAGUAUCCUGACUGGCUGGUUGUGGCUGAUCUCUACACCGGAUCCUUUUCCUCUGGAAACGGUUUCCAGGGACGGGUGGAAUCCUUCUACUUAAAAGAUCCAGGAAACUACAGCCUCCUCCUCAGUCCUGUGGUGUACAGUGACCUCGGCAUUUACAAAUGCCAGUACAAGAAUAAGACCAUUCUUUCAGAUGUGAAACUAGAAAUUAGAGUCCCAUCAAAUGUUUCCGUAGCGAUGGGAAUGUCCGCCAGUCUUCCUUGUUUUGCGAAAAUUAAUACACAAGCGCGUGCUGAUAAUCUGGAUAUCCUCUGGAAGAGAGGUGGAGAGAACGUUUACCAGCUCCUUAAGAACACCAUCGCAUAUGGGCCCGGGUUCGAGAACAGAGCUUCAGUUUCCCCAGAACAAGCCGUCUAUGGAAACAUGUCUUUAACCAUCAGACAGACACGGUUUUCAGAUGAAGGCGACUACCAGUGCUUCUACAACAGUCCGAAAGAGAGGGGGAAUCCAGAUUCUGCCAGUCUGGUUGUGACAGGCCACCCACCCCAGACCCUCACAGUGAAGGCCGGUGGUUUGCUCUCCAUACCGCUCUAUACCACAGACCCAGUGAGGGUAACAUUCAGUGCAGGCUUUGGUUCAGAUGAGGUGCUGAUGCUCGAUGCAGAUAAUAAAGGUCCAGCCAGGUAUGGGGAGCGUUGUGCUCAGAGAUGUGAGCUUCUGGCCCAGAACUACACCCUUUUGCUGAGGAGUGUGACACUGGAGGAUGCCGGAGUCUACAAGGUGACCGAUCCUGAGACUAAGAAGACCAUCAGCUCUGUCUCUCUGGAAGUCUCAGCCCUGCUGGCAGCAUCUCCAGUCUACUCUGACCACAUGUUUGUGAACAUCGGCCGUUCCCUCACUCUCCCCUGCCGUGGAGACCCCAGCAGGGAUGUGGAGUGGCGCUUUCAGCAGUAUGGGUAUCCUGACUGGCUGUGCGUGGCUGAACUCUACACCGGAUCCUUUUCCGCUGGGAACGGCUUCCAUGGACGGGUGGAAUCCUUCUACUUAAAAGAUCCGGGAAACUACAGCCUCCUCCUCAGUCCUGUGGUGUACAGUGACCUCGGCAUUUACAAAUGCCAGUACAGGGAUGAGACUGAGAUCGUUCUUUCAGAUGUGAAACUAGAAAUUAGAGAACCAUCAAAUGUUUCCGUAGCGAUGGGAAUGUCCGCCAGUCUUCCUUGUUUUGGGAAAAUUAAUAUGCAAUCGCGUGCUGAUGAUCUGGAUAUUCUCUGGAAGAGAGGUGGAGAGAACGUUUACCAGCUCCUUAAGAACACCAUCACAUAUGGGCCCGGGUUCGAGAACAGAGCUUCAGUUUCCCCAGAACAAGCCAUCUAUGGAAACCUGUCUUUAACCAUCAGACAGACACGGUUUUCAGAUGAAGGCGACUACCAGUGCUUCUACAACAGUCCAAAAGAGAGGGGGAAUCCAGAUUCUGCCAGUCUGGUUGUGACAGACCACCCACCCCAGAACCUCACAGUGAAGGCCGGUGGUUUGCUCUCCAUACCGCUCUAUACCGCAGACCCAGUGAGGGUAACAUUCAGUGCAGGCCUUGGUUCAGAUGAGGUGCUGAUGCUCGAUGCAAAUAAAGGCCCAGCCAGGUAUGGGGAGCGUUGUGCUCAGAGAUGUGAGCUUCUGGCCCAGGACUACACCCUUUUCCUGAGGAGUGUGACACUGGAAGAUGCCGGAGUCUACAAGGUGACCGAUCCUGAGACCAACAAGACCAUCAGCUCUGUCUCUCUGGAAGUCUCAGCCCAGCUAGCAGCAUCUCCAGUCUACUCUGUCCACAUGUUUGUGAACAUCGGCCGUUCCCUCACUCUCCCCUGCCGUGGAGCCCCCAGCAGGGAUGUGGAGUGGCGCUUUCAGCAGUAUGGGUAUCCUGACUGGCUGGAUGUGGCUGACCUCUACACCGGAUCCUUUUCCUCUGGAGACGGCUUCCAGGGACGGGUGGAAUCCUUCUACUUAAAAGAGCCGGGAAACUACAGCCUUCUCCUCAGUCCUGUGGUGUACAGUGACCUCGGCAUUUACAAAUGCCAGUACAUAGAUGGGAUUGGGAUCAUACUUUCUGAUGUGAAACUAGAAAUUGGAGAACCAUCAAAUGUUUCCGUAGCGAUGGGAAUGUCCGCCAGUCUUCCUUGUUUUGGGAAAAUUAAUAUGCAAGCGCGUGCUGAUGAUCUGGAUAUCCUCUGGAAGAGAGGUGGAGAGAACGUUUACCAGCUCCUUAAGACCACCACCACAUAUGGGCCCAGGUUCGAGAACAGAGCUUCAGUUUCCCCAGAACAAGCCGUCUAUGGAAACAUGUCUUUCACCAUCAGACAGACACGGUUUUCAGAUGAAGGCGACUACCAGUGCUUCUACAACAGUCCGAAAGAGAGGGGGAAUCCAGAUUCUGCCAGUGUCGUUGUGACAGGCCACCCACCCCAGAACCUCACAGUGAAGGCCGGUGGUUUGCUCUCCAUACCGCUUUAUACCGCAGACCCAGUGAGGGUAACAUUCAGUGCAGGCCUUGGUUCAGAUGAGGUGCUGAUGCUCGAUGCAAAUAAAGGCCCAGCCAGGUAUGGGGAGCAUUGUGCUCAGAGAUGUGAGCUUCUGGCCCAGAACUACACCCUGUUGCUGAGGAGUGUGACACUGGAGGAUGCCGGAGUCUACAAGGUGACCAAUCCUGAGACCAACAAGACCAUCGGCUCAGUCUCUCUGGAAGUCUCAGGACGCUCUGCUGGAGCAGUGGCUGGGAUAGUGGUGGGAGUGAUGGUGUUGCUGCUGGUUCUGGCUGGCAGUGCUUUUGCAGUCUGGAAGUUCUUCAGAAACCUUCAAAAUUCAGUUCAUUUCCAUGCAGCCAGAGCAGAAGAUCACUAAGAUUCCAGCUGCAGAGCAGUAUGUGUUCUGUUUCCUGACAGCCCUGGACCCCCUCUCUCUGUGUCCUGUAGGGCAGUUGUAAGUUGUUUCUCUGCAGUCCUCUCUCUGAGGGCUCACAUUCUUUAUUUCUGCAUAAGCUCCCAAAUGAGUCUGUCUGUUACUUUCAACAUUCCAACACUAUCUUCCACUUCCCUUCAGGAUCGCCAGACCCCUCAUGCCAGAUACUCAUAAUUCUAAGAUCAAAGCUAUAGAUGACACUGGGGGGGAUCAACAACCUCCUUGCACGCAGAGGAGGCAUAGUAACGAAUGUUCAUUCGCUGUUAACCACGCUCGCGGUGUGAACCCCCAUGGUGUGAUAUCUUUGGGCUGUGCCAACUCAGUGCCUAGAUAACUGCUGCGUAUCCCUAUAGAGCACCACCGGCGACUAGCGGGCACCCUCAGUAUUUCAAGGCCACUUCAUUCACACCAGUGAAUGGAGGAAAGUCUAAUUGAAUAAUUUGCAAAUACAAUGACAAUAUCCAACAGGUCUGAAAAACUCAAAGUGAGUGCAGGCUAUUAGAAUAUUACAGUAUUAGAGUUCCCUGGCCUGCACAUCUUAAAAAUGAAAAAAUUUCUUCAUCUUCUUGUAACCUGAACCAAAAGUAAUCAUGUUUGGUAUGGGUAUAUUGUAAUACACACAAAGAAGGUCUGGGUACAAAGUAUAUCCACCUUUCUUGUAUUGCUAAAUAAUUAUCCAACUCGAUCAAAAUUGAAUAAAUAUUUAUCAAAGUUUUUGAAACCCGCCCCACAAUGGGAGAGGCGGACGUGAUAGGAAGAUGUGCCCUCCAAGCAGCCAAUGACAGCUCAGACCGCUCUAUCCCGACCAUGUUUUUAAGGCAAUGACCACCGAGGCCGCGUCUCUUCUUUUUAUCUUGUUCAAAUUUUUCCUUUUUUCCUCCGUACCCGAGCCGUGGCUCACGUUGAUUUUUAGGAAGCUACCCUAGCCUCGGUGUCCCCACCGAAUAACCCUGGAUCACUGUACCGUUGGACUUAAGAGUGUUCGCACCGCUUUGGAGCCGUGUGUGCUGACGGGCUCGUGUUGGGAGUCCGGUGUCGCCGAUCAAGCUGGCCUGUCUAAAGCUGCAUUUUCCAGCUUUGAGCGCGUGCUGCCUCAGCUGGGUCUCGGGGAUAAUUUUCUCCUCCACACUCCGACUCGUAAGUAACACCAUAAUUCAAAGUUUAACCUACUGUUAGCUAUUGGUAUGCUAGGAUAUGCAUACAUGCGUAUGGAGCCAGCAGUAGCAAGACAGUGGGUAGACGGUAAACCUAAUUGCAUGGUUAAAGAACUUUGUGUUAUGAGUCGAGUGUAACUGAUUGUUGUCUGUCUCAUACUAAUCAUAGGCUACGUGCCUAAAAUUAUUUUAGUAGUUAUUAGUACCAUAGUGAGUUUCUGUGUAGCGGUACCCAGCAGCCUUGUUGAGAGGGCGUUUCACUUAUGAACUAUAAUACUAAUACUGUAACGUGAUUCGUCACUGCAUUGUACAUUAUAUGUACGGAAUUGUACUGUGCUAUACUGUGCCAAUAUCCUAUCCCAUAUUACAACCAAACUGCUUAACUUCCAAUAACAAUUAUUAGUCAUUGAAGCUUAUAUUUUUGUAUAUGUGUGUUUAUGUUUCCUCUCUCAUGCUGAUGGAAUGAUCCACCAACAAAGUAAAAUAGAAACAUUUGAAUUCAUAAGUGCCAGUUCCCUCUAAAUAAUUUUAAGUGUUGAGGCUGAUAAAGGGUGAUCUCCAGUUAGUCUGGGUUCAGUAUUCAGAAUGCUGUGCCAUUAACAGGGUAGCUGAGGGUGACCCCCUAAUAAUUAAAUUUGAAAUAAUACAAUAAAUGAAUUUAAAUUUAAUAACUCAACUAAGUUCUAUCAACCUUAUGACAGUCCGAAUCGGAUCCUUCUCCCAUCGAACCCCAUCUCCCCGUAUAAACUCAUCUAAGUAUUAAUUGCUUUAAAAUUUUUUAAAGUAACCCAGACCCGAGCCGUUACCAACAAAUACAGACAGUAUCCAAAAAAGAGCAUUAAAAUUCUGGAUGCAUCUCAAUUCCAGCACUGCUUACCAACAAAUCGAAGUAAACCAAGUAAUGAAACAGAUCAAAAUCUCUUCUUUGGAAUAUUGGGAUAAUGUAACCAAAACACAAAACCAACUAGAUUGCUAUCGGACCCUAAAAAGAGACUACAAAUUUGCUGAGUAUCUCUUCUCUGUCAGAGAUACAAAGCCGAGGCAGAUCCUGACCAAGUACAGGCUGAGCGACCACACAC